AUGGCACCUCACGCUGAAGAGUUGCUUGCAUCUUCUCCUACCUCCAAGUCACGCUUCCAUGCUUCAUCAACCAGCAGUGCAAUCAAGCUAGAAAGCGAACGAAUAGCCGACAUCUACGCACCCAUUCCCACUGUCUUCGCCCGCGCAGAAGGUGCCCAUGUUUGGGAUCCCGAAGGUCGACAGUAUCUCGACUUUCUGUCCGCCUACAGCGUCGUCAACCAGGGACAUUGUCAUCCUGCUCUAGUCAAGACCUUGGCAGAACAGGCUUCUCGUCUCACCAUAUGCUCUCGAGCCUUUUACAGCGAUGUCCUGCCCAAGUGGGCUGAGAAGGUCACUGAUACCUUUGGCUAUGAGAAAGUCCUUCCUAUGUGUACGGGCGCUGAGGCUGUCGAGACAGCGGUCAAGAUUGCUCGUAAGUGGGCUUAUAAGACAAAGAAGGUACAGAAGGAUGAGGCGUGGGUUUUCGGUGCACAGGGUAAUUUUCAUGGGCGUUCUACGAUUCCAAUCACCCUCUCAACCGACCCUAACUCGAGCGAUAAUUACGGACCUCUUCUCCCCAACGUUACCUCGUACAACCCAGACACGGGAAUGCCAAUCCGCUACAGCAAUAUCGCCGAUUUGGAAGCUGUCCUGGAAAAGUACGGUUCCAAGGCUGCAGCCUUUAUUUGUGAGCCUAUCCAAGGCGAGGCGGGCAUCAUAGUUCCCGAUGAGGACUACCUUUCACAAGUGGCUGCCCUCUGCAAGCAACAUAACGUCCUGUUCAUCUGCGACGAAAUCCAAGCCGGCAUCGGACGAACAGGCCGCAUGCUUUGCUCGGAGUGGGCCAAUAUCAAGCCCGAUAUGGUGACGUUGGGCAAGGCCUUAUCAGGAGGACUUUACCCCAUGAGCUGUGUCUUGACAAGCACAGAAAUUAUGUCUGUCAUGGAACCAGGCACUCAUGGCUCAACGUACGGUGGCAACCCGCUCGGCUGUGCUGUGUCGAUUCGUGCACUUGAAGUCAUGGAAGAGGAGGAUCUGGUGAACAAGGCUGAGAAGCUUGGCCGUAUUUUCCGUGAGGGUCUGGCGGCAAUUAACUCACCCAUCCUCAAAACAAUCCGUGGUAAAGGCUUGCUUAAUGCUGUUGUGAUCGAUGAAGAGGCUGCGGGUGGUAGGACAGCAAGGGAUUUGUGUAUUCUUCUAGGCCGAAAGGGUCUACUGACGAAGCCCACUCAGCGAGUCAUCAUUCGAUUUGCACCUCCUCUGGUCAUUUCAGAGGCCGAUCUACGAAAGGGCAUUUCGAUCAUCGCAGAGGCACUCAAGGAGUUGCCUACGAUGGAGAUGGAUUCCUAG